GGGACUUCCGAGCCUUCUGAGAAGGCCCGCCCCUCCUCACCUCCCCCCCGGGCCCGCCGCCGAGUGGUUGCGGCUGCUCGAAGCCCCUGGAGCUCAAGGGGGCUCUGGGGCCCUCUGCCGCCCUCGGGCCUCCGCUCCGCGGAGAGGAGGCACUGGCGGGGGCCCCGCCCCGCCGCUCCGCCCGCGCGCUGCGGGCCACGCCAUGGGCGCUCGAGCGGCGUGCUGGAGCCGCAGGAGGACCCGAUGAGAUGAUCCCUGCGCGGGACGCCGAUGCAGACCUGUGCGGCGUGGGCGCCGCCGCCGAGCCGCCCCAGCGCACGGCAGACGCAGGUGUGCUGCAGCCACCGCAGCGGGCGGCCCCAGUGCCGUCGACGGGCGCGCCGGCGAUCUGGGCGCUGACGUCGGAGCACCCGGGCAUGCGCGCCCGCGAGGAGGCCUACCGGGCCCAGCUCGCGUCGCUCGGCAGCUCCGGGGCAGUCGGGGCCGGCGCUGCGGCGGCCGAGGAGGGGCGCGUCGAGGACGCGCGGACGGCGGCCUACGCAGCAAGGCGGGACGCGAAGCGCCGGGCGAGGAAGGCCGCGCCACUGAUGGCGGGGCGGAUCAACUUCCUCUCCCAGGUGCCGGAGGUGGAGGAGGACGUGCAGUACCGGUUCACUUUCCCAGUGCUGGGCGAGGGCUCCGAUGCGGAGCUCGUGGUCCAGAAGGUCUGCGGCUCCGCCGCGGCGAGCUCCCUCCCAAGGGGGCUCCUCGACAGGGAGGACAGCGGGGAGCUGCAGGACCACCCGGGAGCAGCUGGCGAGGCGUCGGGUGCAGCGGGAGCAGGGCUGGAGGCCGUGCGGAUGCACGCGUGGGGGGCAGCUGUGGACGAGAGCAUGGGCAUCUCGCGCCGCCAGCAUCCCAGCGCCUGGCGCUGCCUCGCCGUGAUCGAAAACCCCUUGGUCGCCCGAGUGCCUGGCAUGAGGAAGCUGGCGAAGUUGGUGUUUCACCCCAUGGCGUUCACGCAGGACGUCCCGAAGUGUAGCAACCGCCAGGAGACCCUGAGCACCACCGUGGUCACCCUGCUGAGGGUCGACAGGCCCACCCUGCCCGGGCAGCUGGCGGCCUUGGGCCUCUCGGUGGAGAAGAUGCGCCACCACAGCAGGGCCAGGCUGCGACCGGUGCGGGCCGUGGUCCUGUGUGCGGCCACGGGCAGCGCGGCGGCGGGCGGCGGGGCGGAAGCGGACGAGUGGGCCGUGCUCCUGGCCGAAUUCGAGAGGGAGCACGGGGAGCUGUGGAAGUUCGGGCCCGUGGCGCCAGAGGACGGGGACGCCCUGCACGCAGCGUUCGCGGAGAUCGCCUCCGUGCGCAUCACGGGCAGCCGGCUGGAGGGCGCCGAGGAGGAGGACGCGGAGGAGCUCGACGACGCCGAAGAGCCAGACGAUGAGGAGACCACUGAGGACCUCGCACGCGACGGCGACGGCGCGGACGACGAGUCUUGCCACGAGAGCGAGUGCUCCGAGGGCUGGCAACGCCCGCCCGUCUUCGAGACGGAGAUCGACGGCAGCGAGGUCUCGGAGAACGCCGUGGAGUUCCACACCCGGAUGUUCAGCCUCGGCGACGGCAGCUCUUGAGCACCUUGGCCCAUUGGCAUCUCGGCGCCAGCAGCUCGUGAGCGCCGUGAGAGCUCCUCGUUCGCACCUUGGCGCGGCAGUUCGUGAGCUCCUCGUGAGCGCCUUGGCCGCCUGGGCCACGGCCGGUCUUUCUCCUCCCGCCGCUGCUCCGAGCAGCCGAGGCCGUUCCGUGGCCGCACCAGCGCCAGGCGAGGGCCUCCAUCGCGCUGUGCGACGAGCGCCUCUCUGACGGUCUAGUGCCCAGGCUUGGCGCAGGGUCAAAAGGCGAGUCUGCCAGAGGCGGGUCGGGGGCCCGUUGGGGGAUCUGCUGGUUUCUUGUGUGAUUAGGGCCCGCGCACGCGAACGAGCAUCAUGAUCACCAGAUGCCGGCAG